AGUUUGUCAUAGUUGAAGCUGAAGCUAUGUCUCCACAAAGCACAUCUGUGGCUGUUUUGAUUGGGACCAUAGUCAUCGUGUCCCUAAUGAAACCGGACUGCACAGCUAUUAGGGAAAAUAACGAAGGAUUCAAACUAUGCGUCACAUCAAUGCGAGGUGUCAAAGACCUCUCACAUCAAAAUAUCACCAGUGUUCCAUCAAGUCUUUCCAACGAAACACAGUAUUUGGACAUCUCCUACAACGUCAUCCAAACGCUGGAAGGAACUGAGUUUUCCGGACUAUCCCAGCUUUGUUUUUUGAAAGCAGCUCACUGUGGACUUCGGGAGAUUUCAGCCACAGUGUUCACCCACACACCAGCACUCAAAAUUCUCAACAUAUCUAACAAUGACUUACCUUUCAUCCCUGACAUUUCCUUGAAACAGCUGAAAAUUCUUGAUCUGGCCAACAAUCUGUAUACCAGCUAUGAAUUACCGGCAUCCUUUCAGAACUUUACGAAGCUAGACUUCCUGUCACUGGGUAGCACAGCUGCUCUGUCAGUGAGCUACAAUGACUUUGAUGCCCUGAUGAAUGUUUCUGUUCAGCAUCUGGCUUUGGGAGCAGGAACUCACUGGCAAAAGUAUGAAUCUGGUUCUCUUGCAAAAAUCAAGUCUCUCAAAAAACUGUCCCUUUUUGCAUCUUUCUGUGGAACCUUUGGAAUGUUUGAGAACCUCCUUGUGGACUUGAAUGUGACACAAGCAAAAAUGUUGCGAUUCAUCUCUCUAUUUCCAGACAGCUGCAAUGUGAGCGACAACCCCUUUAAGAACCUGAGAACAAUGCCUUUUAUACAGAACCUCACCUUAGAAAACACAUGGAUAAACAGCACGUUUAUGGUGGGGUUUAUGGAGAACGUGUGGCUUUCCCCUCUCCACGAGCUCUCAUUUGUCAACAUCACUUACAAUGAGGAUACACCAGAUGGCUUUCAUUUACCACCCAUUAAUCACACAAUCAGUCUUUCCUCAGUUAUCUUUAAUGGUGUGAACCAUUAUCAAUACAGAUAUCCCACGAUAAACAUGAGCUUUGAGGCCUUCUCCAGACUGACCUAUUUAAAGUUCUCUGGGACUGGAAUGAAUAUUUUACCCUGCAGAGUCAUGACUGCCCUGCCAUCACUGGAGAUUCUCGAUCUGUCAGAUAACCUGCUGACAGAGUCGGGCUUCUGGUGGACUCCGUGUUCACACAGCUCUGUUUUUCCCAAACUGCGGAAGCUGUCUUUAAGCAGGAACCGCUUCAGCAGUCUUUCCUUUAUCUCUCAGAAGACACAUCAGAUGAACACACUAGAGUCUCUGGAUCUGAGCUUCAACUCCAUCCACUUGGAUGGGGACUGCUAUUGGCCUGCUCAGCUGACUGAGCUUAGCCUUGGAAACAACAACCUGGGCAACAGUGUCUUUGCAUAUCUGUCAUCAGACUUUGAGAAGAUUGACUUGUCAAAGACAGGAAUAACGUCCAUAAUGCAAAAGGAUCUGACUCGCUUUUCCAAGCUGACACAUCUUACACUUAGCUCCAACAGCAUCCAGGUUAUCCCGGUAGAUCUUAGUGUCCCAGCUCUGCUAAGUCUUCACAUAGACCAGAAUGCUAUCACAUCUAUAUCCAUAGAGGUCUUGGCAGGGCUUCCCAGGCUUCAGAAACUCAAAGCUGGAGGCAAUCCGUUUGUCUGCUCAUGUGACUCCUAUUGGUUCAUCACUGCUUUCAACAAGUCCUUGUUAAUGGACUGGCCCUUAGAUUAUACAUGUAACACACCACUGUCAUUUGCAGGUCUGCCAUUGUCAGAGUACAAACCCAGUAAGCUGUCGUGUGAGAUGUGGCUUCAAGCUGCAGUUGCGCUGCCCGUGCUAAUAGUUAUAUCUGCAGCCGUAGGUCUGGUUUUUCAUAAAUGUGAUGGAGCAUGGUACACAAAGAUGUUAUGGGUCUGGAUCAGGAUGAAAAGGAGAGGCAAGAAACGUUCCAAUAUUUUGAACAAUGCAUCAUUUAGUUAUCAUGCGUUCAUUUCCUACAGUAAUCAAGAUUCUGACUGGGUGGACACCCACCUGGUUCCCACUUUGGAAGGUGCUGGAUUUUCCCUAUGUGUCCAUGAGAGAGACUUUGUCCCUGGAGAGUGGAUCAUAGACAACAUCAUCAACUGUGUUGAGUCCAGCUACAAGACGCUGUUUGUCCUCUCCAAACACUUUGUGCAAAGCGAAUGGUGCAACUACGAGCUCUUCUUCGCUCAGCACCGAGCCAUCAGUGUCCAUCAGGACUCACUGGUCUUCAUAUUAUUGGAGCCCAUUCCGACAGACUCUCUUCCUAAGAAGUAUUUGAGACUCAGAAGUUUGCUGAGGCAGCAGACAUACCUUGAGUGGCCAAAAGAUGACAGGAAGCAGCAGACUUUCUGGGCAAGCCUGAAAUCCACGCUGCAUAUUGCAGACAAAUCUGUUGUUCUGAAAGACAUUGCACUGGCCAUUUCAGAUACAGUACCUCUGGUUGCAGACCAAAUGUAAGUCACGAAACAAUUUUAU